CGGUGUCGUGGCAGGUACUGGGUUGGGCAAGACAGGUGCACUCACCGGCGGCCCGAAGAUCGACUGUUCCCGGAAUAUCUCCCUCUUUGGCAUGGCUGUGGUCGUGGAGGGACUGAGGUGAGUUCCUGCUCUCGACUCGCGAGCCGUGUUCGUCGAUGAGGAGUUCCUUACCUGUGUACCAAGUGCCUCUCGGCGGUGUGAGUUUGCCCGACCAUCGUUCCCGUGAAAGUGGUGCUGAUGGCCCAAACAGAGAGCGGAUGUACAGGAGGGCAGCAGUAUUAUGUUGUUGGGGGAAGCUGCGGAGAAGCAGCAGUAGGCCGAUCAGUCGAGAACAACGCAAGAGCGCUGGCAGACCCAGAUAUUACCCUGCUCGGUCACCAAUAAUAAUCCCGGCCGAGAUGGGAAAAGGCGGGACAGGGCCACACCUCCAAUGUAGCAUUUGGUGGUUGAGUUUCGAGACGCGGCUUCCUACAGGGUGAGAUCGGCAGAGCGGCAGACAAGCAACUCGGCAGUUUCUUGGCUCGGCCUUGGCUCGAAUCUCGAUUCUCGGCUCGCUUGCAAAAAGCGUGCUAACCCCGCAUUUUAGGAGUCUCCGUGACGACUUUGCGGAGAAUG